AUGUCAAAAGAAGAUGAUAUACGCAAUGCCACAGCGCGACGCCGAAACCUAUUAUUUCUCACUCAACGUUUUCUCGCUGACCACGGCUUCUACCAGUCCGCUGAGGCUCUGAAGAAUGAAGCGCGGCUGCCGGCAGAUGAAUACGAACUUUGCGACAACAUCGACUUGGACGCCAUUUAUUUGGAAUACGCUAGUUAUUAUCACUUAAAAUUUGGCAAGUAUCCGAAGAUAGUGCGAAAGUUGAAGCCCAGUGUGAAGCUGGAACUGGAUGCUAAGCGUAAAUCUAAAACGAAAAGUUCUCCUACGGCCACCACAAAUGCAGCACACGGCGAAGUGCCACCAAGUGAACCGCUGCCAGCUCCAGUUCUAGCGCCAGGUGAUUUGGAAUUGACUAUAAAGAGAGUGGAGAUAUUAAAAGCGACGGCCAAUUGUGCAGAAGGUGGCGGCACUACGAAUCACACAGCAGUCCUUAGUGGUGUAGUCGCUGAGGAGAAUCGAAAUGAAGCGCUUACACGCCUGCAGCAAAUUGAGCACUCCGCUAGCGCUGACGGAUUGCUUAGCCAACAGGAUUGGCAUAAUUUGGCCGAUCUCGUGAAGACGACAAUAAUGCGCGACGAUUUGAAACUUAGCUGGGCGGAUAUGUGCGGCAAUGCGAGUGCGGUGGAGAUUAUCAAGGAGGCGGUGGUUACGCCACUAAAGUAUCCACAACUAUUUGUGAACGGCUUACGUCCGUGGAAAUCUGUGCUGCUGCAUGGACCGCCCGGCAGUGGCAAAACGCUGCUGGCCAAAAUACUCUAUGCCGAAACGCGCCAACAGGUGACUUUCUUCAAUGUGACCAGCAGCGUGGUGGUCUCGAAAUGGCGCGGUGAAUCGGAGAAAAUAAUGCGCAUACUCUUCCACAUGGCGCACAAACAUGCGCCUUCCAUCAUUUUCUUUGAUGAAAUUGAGGGUUUGACUUCAUGCCGCGAUCGACCCAGCGAUCACGAGUCCUCGAAACGUUUCAAGAACGAACUGUUACAGCUGCUGGAUGGCAUGGAACAGCAAAUGGGUGGCGUUUUUGUGUUGGCCAGCAGCAAUUUGCCUUGGGAAAUCGAUGAUGCUUUCCUCAGGCGAUUCGAAAAGAAACUUUUGGUGCAGCUGCCCAACCCAGUGGAACGCGCAAUACUCAUCGGUAAGCAGCUGCCGAUUAUGUUGGCGGUGUCAAAGGAGGAGAUGGAGUUGUUGGUGCGUAUUUCGGAGCAUUUCACGGGCGAUGAAAUACGCUUGGCAUGUAAGGAGAUCGCAAUGCAAAUGGUUAGACGUGUGACGCAUGCGAGCAAGCGUGAUGCAAAGGCAGAGCCGGAUGUGCCGUUGCAGCGCGCAUUUGAGCAAAUCAAACCAUUGAGCGUGAAGCUGAUGAAACGCCAUCAGCUGUGGCAGCAAGAGCAUGGCUCGUAG